CGGAAAAAAAACUCCAUUGCAUUGCGCGGCUUACGUGUUUGGUUCCGACUCUCAUUUAAGCUCGACACGAUGCUAUACGAAUUAAUUGCAAUUGUUCGACCCGGGAGUCUUAAGGAAGUCAAGGAAAUUGCCAAAAAUGCCGGCGUGCAAGUUCUCCGAUCAGGCGGCGUAGUCCGCGGCUACACAAACUGGGGAACCUUCACUCUCCCCAAACCCACCACAAAACAUCAAGCUCGAUACUCUGAAGGCUGGCACUUCAUCAUGCGCUUUGAUGCAUCAGGGCCCGUCCAAGCCGCCGUGCGUCGAACGUUAUCCCUCGAUCCUAGGAUGAUUCGAUUUUCGGUUGUCAAAUUGGGCGAUAAGCUUGAAGAGAUCAACGAUGUGCCUGGCAAUGUCAACUGGAAUUCUACAAAGAUGCUUCUUUCGGACUCUCUCAAUUUAAGGGGAAGCUUUCGCUCGAGGGAUCUAAACGAAAGUACUAUUCUCGGAUCGCCUAUUAGGAGAACACCCUCCUAAAUCUUGGGUUUUCGAACCGGGUCGAAAAGGGUGGAGAGAGAUAUUUUGAGUGUGACAAAGAUCACAGCAACAAAGUGCUUGAGAUAAGGAGCUUAGAGCUUUCUGUUUCAAGGAUGUUUCAAGAGCGGGCCUACUCAUUCAUCGCUGCAAGAUUUACUCAUAUUCAAGCUUUCGGGUGCUUGUACAGUGUAUUUUUAUUCCUGGCAGCAUUUAUGGCGCAGAUACUUGGAAAGGGUUUAUUUUCAUUAUUGAU